AUGCGCCACGGCCGCUGCGCACUUGCGAGGAGGCGAUUUCCGAAGGUUGACUUCAUGCUACUGAGGAGCUCGGCGUACGCAGCCCGCAUGGCUGUCUCCUUGGAGAACCCCAACCACACGCGGCGGCACGAGCGCGUUUGCAGCCGCAGGAACGGUACCGCUGCCGCUCCGUCCCCAGCGGCGCUCACCUGCUGUACCUCCGUCAGCGAGACACGCGGAACCAGCAGCACUUGCUUCACGCCAGACGGGAUGUCACCGCCACUGUCUGGGUUGUUGGCAUUGCCACCGUUCGACGCCGCCUCCCCACGUUUCCAAAAGGGGGACGAUGCCGGCGUCUGCCACGCGUAG